AUGAAUCCAUCCGAUGUCCAACCUACUGUUGACGUGUUUCACAACCAGGUUUUGACGAAUGUAAUGGAAAGCGAACAACAAACUACUGAGAGAGAGACACAGCCUCAGCACUGGAGAAGUUGCAAGUUGAUUAUUGACCCUGCGUUGACAAAAGGACUGUACAAAGUGUACCGCUAUGAUGGACAACAGUUUAACAUACCCGUGGAGGACUUAGGCCUGUUUCCUGUGGAGACAGUCAGAGAUCCCCGCGUGUGCCGCCUGUGGAGCAAAUUCAACAAGACUGACCUUUUGAUUUCAAAAUUUAAGUUGGAUGAAUGGUAUGUUGGCCCUGUUCCGCCCAAAGAAGUGACAUUUUCCAGGUUGAAUGACAAUGUGAGGGAGACGUUCUUGACUAAUAUGUGCAAUAAAUAUGGGAACGUUGAAGACGUGGAGAUAUUUUACAAUCCUAAGAACAAGAAGCAUUCAGGGAUUGCAAAGGUCAUCUUCGACACAGUGCAGGCCGCAAAAGACGCUGUUCAGCACCUCCAUCAGACGUCAGUGAUGGGAAAUAUUAUUCAAGUCGAAAUUGAUCCUAAAGGAGAAAACAGGGCACGGUAUCUCCAGCUCAUCUUACGGGGCCUUUACACUCCUUGGGCGCUGCCAGUGGGCAGCAAUGAGCAAGCUAUUAGAAGCUUAAUCGACAGUUUGCUGGGCGGCGCAGACACACAGCGACGAGGGAGUAUCUCCAGCCCCACCAGCAUCGCCACACCCCUCUCUCUUGACACAGCCUAUUCCAGUAUUUGGCAGGAUACACCUUGCAGCUUUGGGCUUACACCACGUUCUCAGGGAACCCCCCGUACUCCUUGCUUUUCUGCAACUCCUCUCUCCCAGGACUCUUGCUACUCCAGUCUUCAGGCAACUCCCGUCCUCCAGGGGGAGCCCUCCACCUAUAGUGUUCACAAACCUGUUAGACGUGAACUCUGCCAUCGUAAACCUGCAAGGUAUCACAGGGGAUCCAGUGAAGUCUCAGAUUUCAACUUUAUUUUGAAUCAUUGCCAACCACAGACCCAACACCAGCUAUCCACCCAAAUACAAACUAGCAGGCAGCAACUUGCUCUGUGGGGUCACAAUGCACAAUCCUCUUCUCACAAUAAUACAGAAGCUUCCUUUAACCUCACCUCCCCCUGUCAGGAGUCCAGAGAUGUGGGCGGCACUGCCUCUCAGGCUUUACAUCAAAACUGCAAUUCUUUAAGCAUCCUGAGCAUUCAUUUCCCAGUUGACCGGCAGACAGCAGCAUCCUCCCCACCUAAUGACCAUGCAUGCAUAACAGAGUUAUCUCCAUCUGCUGGUAACUGUUCCUCUAGUAGCCCCCAGCCAGAGGUAGAGAGUUUGGACUCACGCAUUGAAAGUUUGCUGAUAAACAGCCAGAUUUCAAACCCUUCAUACUUUGAUAGAAAGACUUAUGAGGCUGAUGUGGACUCUCAGGACAGCCCAACUUCACCUUGCUCCGCCAGUACCUCCCCUUUAUCAGAUGACUCACCUGUCGGCGCUUCUUGUGACUUCACAACCGGCCAGCAGCGCUCUUACAAUGAUCUGGUGGAUGUCAGUCCAACAUCAUCCAUUGAAAAUGAAGAGGAUGAAACUACUACAGCUGUUUUGUUUUUAACAAGAAAUUCAGAGUCUCCGUCUGAUGUCGCACAUUUUGAAAGGAAGGCUAACGCAAACAAUGAAAAAGAGGAAGAAAGGUUCCAGUCAUUCUCAUGUCCAAAGGACCAUCAAGCAGCAAAUGAGAAUAAGGAGCACUCAAGUAACAGACCUUCCAGAGCUUUUACACCUGCAAAACAGAUCUCGUCUCUUCCUCAGCCUCUGUCGUUUUCUCUCAAUAGCACUACUCAACUCUGUACCUCCGUAGCUCCUCCUGUCAUUAAAACUGGGUGCUUCCAUCCACCAGUCACCCCUUUCCCUUUCCCUUUCCCCAUUCCUCCCUUUCCCCCAUCUAUUCCACCGGGCCCACCACGCCUGCCAAAUGGCACCAUCCCAAUCCCACCUCCAGGUUGGAUCCCACCUCCAGGCCAUCACACCGGUAUCCCCAUUCCUCCUCCACCUUUUCCAGCUCCUUCUAUUCCUCCCGCACCAACUUUUCUUGGACCCCCUCCAGCUCUGAUGGUGCGCUCUGUUCCACCCCCUGUGCACACCUACACCUUACCCAUGCCUCGUUCAGUCCCUUUGGAUAAGGGCAAACCUCCAAUGCAUGGCAGUGUACCCUUCCCCUUCCCUGGACCUCCCUGGCCCUCUCCACCUUUUCCCCGGUUUAAUCCCUUUGUGCCUCCACCAGACUACCCGCUUGUGCGGGAAAACCCUCAUAAGGUCACAGUAGAUAAAGUCUUAGAAGUCAUCAUUGAUGAAUUGAAGUCAAUCAUUAAGAAGGACAUUAUACGUAGAAUGAUUGAAGGGAUCGCUUUCAAGGCAUUUGAGGACUGGUGGAACUGCCAAGAGAAGAAAACAAAGACACAAGUAUCUCCUUUGAAAAAUGGAGCAGCAAGUGUUGAAGACAGGAACAAACUAAUAAAUCCCCCAAGUCACAUCAGUAGCCAGGGCAAAAAACCUCCAUUGCCCUCCUUCAAGGUAAAAAGGAAAAGAGCCGAUGAUACUGCUACAUCAGAAGAGAUAGAAAAUGGGUCAUGUUCUACUCACGAAAUCUCUGAUGUGAAACAGGGGGAUGACAAAGUGAGAUCUGCAUCUGAGAGAGCCAAACGCAGACAUGCAAGACCACAUGAGCUUGACAGUGAUAAUGAUGAUGAAGGAAAAGAUGAAGAUAACACACUUCAAGAUGAAGAAACAACAUCAGACAAAGUGGAGGCUAUUGUGCCAUUUGAUGAUCCUCAAAAUCUGUGUGACAGAGAUAAUGAUGACGAUGGUGAUGAUGACGGUAAUCCCCCUGAGGAAGAAAAGGAGUUGGCACAAAAACACACAGAGGAUGAAGAUGCUGUCAUCUUCCAAACUAGUGAUACAGUUCAGUGCUUAGGGAGCGACACUUUUUCAGAGAGCAGCUUCUCAGAGGAAAGUGAGUUCUCUUCAGACUUUGACUCGUCUGACUCGUUCUCUUCAGACUUCGACUCGUCUGACUCGUUCUCAGAGAGCUUUGAGGACUCGUCCUACUCCGACCUCAGUCCGGAUGAUGAAGAAAUGGAGGAGGACAAUGACGGGUCUGACGUGUGUAUUGUCAUAUCGUCAGAUGAAGAGUCGAUGGAACUUGAGCCCCCCGCCACCCCCUCAGCCCCGCUAACCCCUGGUGCUCAGCUGGAGCUGGGCCUUCAGGACUGGUCAGAUCCAUUUCAUAAGGAGGAAACUGAGGAGAACCAGCACACAUCCUGUCAUCUAGACACCUGUGACUUGGAUGUCAUGAUGGAGUUUCACACUAGCAAACCCCAGAACCAUAUGCGGCCCCCAUCGCCUAUAGGACGUCCAGAAGCAGAGCUAGACCUCGAUGUCGAUAUGGAGAGCCCUGACUGGACGAAAGAGUCAUUCGGGAACAUAGAAAACCUGAGACCUCUUACUCCUACUGGCUGCUUUCUGGACAGUGACCCGGAACUUCUGAUAAGAAGUAAACCCACAUCCCCAGCUGAGGCGGAACGACCACAAACACCAGGCAAGGGGAUAGUGGCUGAACUGGAAAGUGGGGACUCUGCCGAUGAAGUCUUCUCCCUCUCUCCAACAGGCACCGAGCUUAAUCUAGUUCCCUCUGAUCCUCCGGCCUCGUACCCAUCAUACCCACCAUACCAGGAUAUGCCCAAAACUCCUGGUAGAGAGGAUAGACGGGGAUGGACACAGAUUAGCUCUGGGAGAGCUCCAGCAACACCAGGCAGAGACACAACCAUGUCAUCAGGUAGCACAGUGAUGUGCCCAACUCUUUGUAGUCCACCUCCUGCGCCAUGCCUGUCUAGCAAUUCAUAUAUCACAGCCCCAAAGACUCCUGGAAGAGACAUCAUCCUACCCCGAAGAGCCGUAGUCCACAGGAGGAAAACACAAAUGGUGACAACCUUUCAGCCCCCGUUAUAUGAUUUUCUCGGAUCCUCCCCCAUCUCAGUGUCCUCUCCGUACAGCCUCUCUGAGUCGUCAUCUGACUCUGCUGAUGAGAGGGGCAUGUGUAUCAAUUCAGGUGUGAAAAUGAAGCCCUUGCAGGGACUGGAGAACAUGCCUGGGCUUCUGGAUGAGGAGAACAUUAGAGAGACAGAGAAAUCCUCAUUAAGGAGAAAACAGUGGAGGAGGCUAAAGAGGAGGUGGAGAAUCCAUCAUCGGCGGAGAUCACUCAAAAGAAUCAAUGGUUCUCUCACCUCUCACAGUCACCUUCGCAGGUGGCGUUCACUGUGUGAGGAGAGGAGGAUACUUCAUAGUGUUUGGAAGGACGGCCUGGAUGAAGAAGAUGAAAGGCUGCUGCAGUCUACAUAUGAAAGGCUGCAAGUGCGGGAUAAUGGCUUUGGGUGGAUCGGUGACACCCUGUGGAUAUCUCACCCUCUAACAAAAGUCCUCACAGAGGAGAGUGGGGAGCAUACAUCCUGGCAGCCAAAACACAGGACCGGCUCUGCUCGCAGUGAAGGAUUCUACAAAAUUAGCAGGAAAGAUAAAAUGAGAUACCUCAACAACACAAAGCCGGCCUCUGAGCUUCCAUCUACAAGUACUCAGGGAAAGUGCAUCCCAGCUCAGCAACCGAUCUCACUGCGUGCUGGAUCUGACUUCAGGUCUGAACAGCGUCGCCUGCUGUCCUCUUUCAGCUGCGAUAGUGACCUGGUCAAGUUCAACCAGCUGAAGUUCCGAAAGAAGAGGAUUCGUUUCAGCCGGAGUCAUAUUCAUGAGUGGGGCCUGUUUGCAAUGGAGCCAAUAUCAGCAGAUGAGAUGGUGAUUGAGUAUGUGGGCCAAAUCAUCAGACAGGUCAUCGCUGACAUGAGGGAGCAGAGGUACGAGGAGGAGGGCAUUGGAAGUAGCUAUUUGUUCCGGGUUGAUCAGGACACCAUCAUUGAUGCUACUAAAUGUGGGAAUUUAGCAAGGUUUAUCAACCACAGCUGCAACCCCAACUGUUAUGCAAAGAUCAUCACUGUGGAGUCUCAGAAGAAGAUAGUGAUAUACUCCCGACAGCCGAUAAGCAUCAAUGAAGAGAUCACAUAUGACUACAAGUUUCCCAUCGAGGAAACAAAGAUUCCUUGUUUGUGUGAAGCAGAUAGCUGCCGGGGCUCCUUGAACUAAUCUCUAAUGAAGUGUUCUGAUUAUGACGCGAUACAAAGUUACCGGAGGUACAGUACA